GAGUAGAUCUGAUCGGGCAAACCCUCCCUUGAGCUUCAUCCCCAAACCAAGCCCUCUCGUCUCUGCCUAUUGGCCUUCCUGCCAAAGCUGAUCUCAGUCUGCCCGUCCCUCCCUCCCUCCCUGGUCGCCGCGUCGCCGGCGACCUCAGCUCCCAGCGACGAUGGUGCCGAGCUUUGUCAUCACUUAUUAGUGUGGCGUGGCGGCUCGACCUGCAGAACGCAGCACCAGCAUGGAGGCUACCCCGCUGACGCAGCAGACCUUUGAGUUCAACGACAAGGUGUUGCAGGACGAGCUGCAUAGGCUGGGGCUCAAGGUCAACCACCAUGAGGAGAACAUCAGGUUCCUCAAGUCCGAGAUCAACACCGUCCAAGAGUCCAUAGCCGACCUCAGAAUUAAACUUGGAAAGGGGGUGGUAAUUGCAAAUAAUGGUACAUCUGUUCAAGAAGCUGAGACGCUUGUUAUUCAAAGCAUACUUAAUCAGGAAAAGACAGCGGCUUCGCUUGUAUGCCAUCUGCGCAAGUAUGAACAAACGCAAAUAAUGAAAGAUGUACUUGGUGUUGUGGCUACCUUGGGAAAAGUAAAUGAUGAUAAUCUAAGCAGCCUACUGUCAGAGUACUUGGGAAUAGACAAUAUGCUUGGCCUCGUUUGCAAUACUUAUAAUUGCAUCAAGGAUCUUGAAAUAUAUGACAACAAAGGCAUCAUUAAUAAGAAAGAAGGUAUUCAUCGACUUGCUGGCACAAUUGGAAGGCCUCUGGAUGGGAGGUUCACCGUGUUCUGUCUUGAAAACAUAAGGCCUUUUUCUGGAAAAGUUAUGAUUGAUGAUCGACAGAGACAUCUUAUAUUGCAUAAACCAAGGUUGCCUAGUGGGGAGGCUCCUCCUGGCUUUCUUGGUUUCGCAGUAAAUAUGAUACAUAUGGACGAGGCAUACUUGGGUUAUCUCACACCCAAUGGCCAUGGCCUUAGGGAGACUUUGUUUUACAGUUUGUUUUCUCAUUUGCAAGUUUAUAAAACUACAGCUGAUCUGCGAAGUGCUAUUCCCUUGAUAAAUGAUGGUGCCAUUUCUCUGGAUGGUGGUAUAUUCAGGCCUAAUGGUUCAUUCUGCCUUGGUGAUUGGAAAAACGUAGAAGUGAAAUUUACUGUAGCUGCAAGCCUUGUGGAUUCAAGCACACAUGGAAGUACCACUGAAAUGGAAUAUCAAGUUAAACUGAAGAACUGGGAGAAGGAAAGGCUUAUUGAGGAUUUAAAAAGAGAGGAAGAGCUGUUAAAGCAAGUUAAGGACUUAUUCGCCAAUCUAAAGCAACAGCUUAUGGACAGUCGUCUCAUUUCACCAUCGGUGGCAAAGAGGGUGCAGGUUUCGCCAACAAAUCGGUCACCAGCAACUCCAGGAAGUAAUCCAUUUUCAGCAACUCGUGGAAGUAACCACUUUGCAGCAUCUCCUGGAAGUAGCCCGUUUGCAGCAACUCCUAGAAGUAACCCAUUUGCAGGAACUCCUGGAAACAGUUCAUUUGCAGCCAAGCCCCCCCACAUGCGCUGACAGUAUAAAUGUUCACAUGCAAUGUUCUUGUGCUGGGAGUAUUGCAUGUGCUGGUUUCAUUCCUGCUAAACCAACUUCGUUUUGCGAUGUUCUUGAAGCUAGUUUUUAGUGCACAGUAGAGAUGCAAAAAGUUAGUACAGAACUGACUUCUGUUCAUGAGUUGGUGGUCUGUCUCUGGCUGUUUGAAACGGUUGUCUUAUUUUGUUAGUUUUUCCCCUUCACUUCUUUUGCGUACCUCUCAAAAGAGAAGAGAAGGUGAUAGAAAAGGUCCAACCUAACCGAAUUCAGGAGAAGAUUUCAGGCAACAGGGAAAGUGUUGUCUUGUUUCUUCACUAGCUGAUUGUUUUGUUCCUGAACCGUCCUGCUGGAAGAUUGCAGGAGCUUUUGUUCCCUCCAAUCAUGUAUGAAUCAUGAUAUAACAAAUCAGUGUAUUAUCAGUGAAGCAGCCUAGAUUACUAAGAAGUAACAAUUCUUGAUA